AUGCAGCAAAGUGUAUUAUGCCCGUUGCUGCACCAUCGCCGCAGCUGCAGCGCGAAGGCAGCAAAAGAUUGCCAAGGAAAUAUAUACGAAUUUAUUGAUGGACAUACAGCAGAAGGAGGGACAAGAACAUCAUCCGCUGCAGCACAACAGCAGCAGCAGCAGCAGCAACAGCAGCAGCAGCAACAGCAGCAGCAGCAACAGCAGCAGCAACAGCAACAGCAGAUGAGGCAGCAGCAACAGGAAACAGAUGGGAAACAGCAGGGAGGCGGCAGCGGGAGAAGCAGCCGCAGCAACAGUAAAAGGAGACAAAAAGGAGACAAAAAGGAGACAAAAAAGGAGACAAAAAAGGAGACAAAAAAAAAGGCAAAAAAGGAGACAAAAAAGGAGACAAAAAAGGAGACAGUUGUCUCUUCUUACAUGACGCUGUGCCGUUUGUGUGUAACUCUAUAUCUGAUACCCAAGACAGCACGGGACCCUGCAAGCAGCAGCAGCAGCAGCAGCAGCAGCAGCAGUAGCAGCACUAGCAGCAGUAGCAGCAGCAGCAUGAAACAAUAG